UCGUGCUCGCGCUGCCGAAGCAGAUCGCAUGCUGCUCCAUUCCAUCUACUUCUGCCACUAUGUAGUGUCCGGGGCGAUCGGCCAGGUACAGUCCCUCCUGGAACUAAAGGCGGAGAGGGACUCCCUGGGCCGACUGAACGAGGAGCUGGAGAGGAGGCUGGAGAAGAAGGACUCGGACAUGCACGACAAAGAGGACGAGCUCUUCCUCCAAUUGGAAAAGGCCAUCAGGCUCGAGGAAGACUGUGAGAAGUUAAAAGCUGAGAAGGAGAAAAUAGCGGAACUCAAAGACAGAUUGGAGAAGGAAAAAAACGAAGCCUAUCGGCAGUUGAAGAUGCAAGCUGAUGAGUCAGAGGCAACAAGGAGGCGAUUGGAGAGUGCAAGGAACGAUGUUGUACGGCAGGUGACUGCAAUCGUAGCAGAAAAGGACUCGUUAGAAAGGGAGAAUUCUCGCCUCAAGGACGCCCUCAGGGACAUAGAGAGAAAAUCAUUUGGCCGAAGAUCAAGCCGUAACAUAGCUGGUUUAGAGAAAGAGGUGAGUGAUUUGAAGUUAGUGGCUAAACAAAGCGCAACUUUAAACAGCCAGCUGAAAAAGGGAAUGAAACAUCUCGCGAGCUGUCGCAGGAGAAAGUGUUCGGUGUGUGCCUACACAAGAGCAACGUUUGGAGAUUACCCAUCAGCGAGAGGAGCAGGAAACUUACUGUCUUGCUUCCACAGUGGUAGUACUGACAGAGCGGAAGGAAGACUCGUUAGCGCACUAGAAAAAAGAUGUACAAAAGACUCUCAGCACGCUCUCGACAGUUGGACUCCAGAACUGUCCGCACGGCUCACACCGCACAGUAACAUCUCUUACAUUGAUGAAGACAGUUCCUCUGGUGACGAGGACGGCCAUUAUGCUCCGACGGUAGUGUCCGACGGAUCCGGAGCUCACCACGCAUUCAGUUCCGAUUCGGGCUUCAGUUCAGAACUCUGUGAGCCUAGUCCGGCAAAGUCCUUCACAAGGGCGACUCGCUGGACCUCUUCCUUCAGAAAACUUAUCAGGCGUGUCUCGAAAAAACACCCAUCCUCGUCUUCCAGCACAUCUUAAAUUUUCAGUUGUCUUCGCCACUUUGGUACAUUGUACAUAUAUUUUUCCCUUUCAUUAUGUGUAUAUAGACUGGUUUUGGAUUUGUAUAUGUAAAAUACAUAUAUAUCUUGGAUGGUAGUUUAUUUGAUAAUAUUAACUCAGAAAUUUCAACAGCAUCCUUUCUCUAAAACUUUAAAACAUUUUAGUUUCAAUAAAUAUUUCAACUGUAUUUCAAUAUUUAUUUAAUAAAUAUCUCUAAUUAUUU